AUGAAUCACAAUGAACUUUUGCCCUCGAGCGACGAGUCUAACCAUUCGGCAUACGAAGAAAAAGACGAUUCCAGCAAACCAAAUGAAUGGGUUAACGCGAUCCAUAUUCUAUUUGCCCACUUUGCCUGCUUCAAUAGCUGGGGUGUAAUCACCAGCUUUGGAAUCUUUCAACAAUACUACACAAACACGUUCCACUGGUCCGAGUCAGAUACAUCCUGGAUAGGAAGUAUACAGAUGUUGCUUGUGUUUGCCAUCGGUGUUUUUGCGGGUCGUACAGUAGAUGCAGGAUACUAUCGACUGACUCUCUUUCUGGGCAUUUUCUUUCAAUUGCUUGGUCUGUUCGCUGCCUCUGCCGCAACCAAAUACUGGCAAUUUUUCCUGGCACAAGGUGUUUGCUCUGGUCUGGGCCAUGGCUUAAUUUUCGUGCCAGCGAUCACUGCUGUGUCAUCCUAUUUCAGUCGAUGGAAAACACUUGCUGUUGGACUUGCCUCGUCAGGGUCUGCCGUCGGCGGGCUGAUAUACCCAGCGAUAGCGAGUCGAUUGCUCUAUACAAUUGGGCUUGAGUGGACUUUGCGAGUGAUGGGGUUUGUCAUGAUGGUCACCUAUAUCCCAUCUGUCAUCUGGGCUCGAUCAGCAUUCUCUCCUCGUCAAUCUGGCCCGCUGGUGGAAUGGUCGACUUUCAAAGAGUUACCAUAUACAUUAGGCCUCCUGAAUUUCUUUCUCAUUUAUUGGGGAAUUAUAUUCGCCUUCUUUUACGCGGGCAGGUUCGCACAGGACAAACUCGCCGCAUCUCGGGAGGAUUCUCUGCAUCUUCUAAUGAUCAUCAACGGCUGUGGCAUUGUCGGUCGCAUCUUCCCCUGUCUCCUCGCCGACAUUAAGUUUGGACUGUUGAAUGUCUUGACGGGGUUCACCCUUUUCGGCAGUAUCGCGAUUUAUUCAUGGGAAUGUGUCGAGUCCCUUGAGACCAUGUACAUCUUUGUGGUCUUCUAUGGUCUCUGCGCGGGAGGACUUCAAUCUCUGCUUUCGGCGUUGGUACCGUGUUUAACGACCGAUGCAAACAAGGUUGGGACCCGAAUGGGCAUGAUGAUGACCAUCGUCAGCUUUUCAGCGUUGACUGGAACACCCAUAGCAGGGGCUUUGAUUCAAUAUGACGGGGGGAGCUACAGGUAUGCUCAAAUCUUCGCUGCUUCAGUCAUGCUGGCGGCAGCCCUGUGCAUUGCUGGUGCGCGAAUCUCCAAAACGGGCUGGAAGUUAGCAGUAAAAGCGUAG